AUGUUGUGUCAAGCAGGUCUAGGGUGCCAUGUUCUUGAACACAUCGAAGAGCAGUUACAGCUACAAGCACAUGUCGUCCUUCAUAUGCUUCACGAGCCGAAAAUAAAGAACUAUUUAGAGUACUUUGUAUCUCAGUGGGAGAAGUUUAAUAAUGCUUUAUUACAGCUUAAUGGUCUUUUGCUGUAUUUUAAGAAUUACCCUCAUAUGUUUUAUAUGCGCACAGUACAGGAAAUAGGGGAAACCAUUUUUUGUGAUACAGUUCUAGAGGAUACAUUUGUGGAAGAGAACAUAAAAAAAAUGUUUCUUCAUGCUAUUAGUGACCCCAUUCAGUGGGAUCAACUCAGGAUUGUUGCUAAAUUGUUUGAGAGUCUUGAGAAAGGGCGUUUCUAUAAUGCUUAUGUCGAAGCGCCAUACCUCGAACACUUAGAGCAGAUUUACACCCAUGAAGGCGAAAAGCAGCGCCGCGAAAAUUCAGUGAAUGAUUUUCUUACAUGGGUGUCAAUAGCAACCGCAAAUGAAGAGAGUAGAGCGGCAAGGCUUUUAUGCUCCUCAUCAGCACAAAAAACAGAGAUAACUAUGUACCGUAUUCUUGUUAGUGCUAAUCAGGAUUACAUUAUUCAGAGUUCAACCGGAUUUACCUUGAUGUUUAAUGAAUGGAACUUUCCCCUUAUGAGGCAGGUCAUUAAUAUAUAUUGUCGCAUAGGAAAUAUGAAACCCGUCCUUGAUACAUGCACGGCAGAGACCAAAAAAAUAUGUAAAGAGAUAUUUUCGUCUAGUACUGAGUAUUUAGUGUCACCUGUAGCUGUUAUUAGACAAUUACUGACCCUACUCUCGAAUAUUAAGGAACUGUCGACUUUAUUUGAGGGAAACCUUGGCAAAGAUGUCAUCUUGGCUGUGCAGGAUAUUUUGAACAGCACAAAUUCGUUUGUUAAAAUGUUGGCUCUUUAUUUUGAUUACCAUAUUCGUUCAGCUAAGGGCGAAGUUUUAGAAAAACUUUGCCAAGAUAUUAUUUAUCUUUUCCGCUUAAUAAACGACAAGGAUAUUUUUGAAAUUUCUUUUCGAAACUAUUUGGCUGGACGUCUGCUUCAUGCACACUCAAAACCCGAAUUAAUUGAGAAUGAAACUUACUUUAUUACAGCAAUGAAACAAGAGUGUGACACUGAUACUGUAAGUCGAAUGGAGAAAAUGAUUAACGACAUAAAGUGUAGCAGCGACACACAAAAUCGGUUAAUGCGUGCUAUGGAGAAAAGUCAAUGCACAUUGCCUUUAUACUUCAAGGUAACAAUUCUUACUGGCGGUUUCUGGCCUCAGUACUCCAAUAUUGCCAUGCCAUUACCAGAGCCCAUGAACAUAUGCAUGGAGGCUUUUAAAAAGUUCUAUGACCUUCGUCAUAGUGGAAGAAAGAUCACGUUUCCUCUAUCUCUUGGAACUGUCGUGUUUCAAUUGAAAAAUUUAGGGAAAACUUACAGUGUGACAGCACCAACCCCUUUUGUGAAUACAAUUGAAUCGCUUAACACCAAUGGAAGUAUUUUCAUCGACCAGAUUUGCAAUCAAACUUCAUUUUCAAAAGCAGAUAUUGAUACUCAACUAAUGGCACUCGAAAAGGUUGGGUUUGUGACAAGGUCGUCAACAACCUUUGAGUUUAAUCAACAGUUCUCCUCCCAACGACAGAAAAUCAGAAUAGUUUUAGGUGCGCAAAAAGAUGCAGAUUCAUCCAAUGUUCAUGGUAUAGCGAAAAAAACAGCGGAGUGUAGUCGUUCCAUGAGUAUCGAUGCUGUUAUUGUGCGUAUCUUAAAAAGGCAAAAAAUGGUUGAGCAUGAGUUUCUUUGCCAAGAAGUCACAACAUCUCUCUCGAAUGUUUUUACACCUACUGUAAGUGAUAUAAAGUCGAGAAUAUCUCUUCUCAUUGAGAAGGGGUUCUUGAAGCGUGGGGAUCAAGCAGGAAUAUAUAUUUUUGUUGAAUAA